UUUGUUCUCUCUUCCGUCUCUUUGUUUCCCCCUUUUUUAAACUCUCUAUUAGAUCCCUCGCUGUCGAAUCGAUCUAUCGAUUGAGCAAUUGGUUGAAGAUUUUCCGGCGCUUGUUUGGCUUGAUUUCUGGUUUACAGAAUGAUUGCUACUGGAAGUGCUAUGCCAAAGCUGAAAUUGAAGAUCAAGUUCCCUUCUCAGAAGGUAGAAGCAAGUCCAGCACCACAAUCUUAUGAGUGGGACCAGCAACCGGGUAGUUCUUGUGAUGGAAGAAAUACAUCAUCUGCUGGUAAUUCUAAGGAGACUUCAAGUGCUUUCAAACGCCGACCAGAAGGGAUGAGUGUGGGUGGUCCACCAGAAAAGAGACGGAAGAUGGACCGUUGCAUGACUCAGCAGUGUUCUGCCCUACUGAAAGCACUGAUGAAACAUCCAGCUGGUUGGGUUUUCAAUAAACCAGUGGAUCCUAAGGCAUUGGGGAUUCCUGAUUAUUUUUCCAUAAUAAAGAACCCCAUGGAUUUGGGUACAGUUAAGUCCAAGCUUGCAAAGAAUAUUUAUAUUGGCACCGAUGAGUUUGUGGCUGAUAUCAGACUAACGUUUUCUAAUGCCAUGCUGUAUAAUCCCCCAUCUAAUAAUGUUCAUAAAAUGGCUAAAGAAAUGAAAGAUGUUUUUGAGGCUAGAUGGAAAUCUUUGGAGGAGAAAUGUAAUGAAGAAAAUUUGAAGAUCGGGAAAGGGAAAAUUAUGAUCAUGCGACUGAAAGAUGUUAAUGAAUCAAGACAGAGUUGUCCUAAAACACUGCUAUAUCGAAAUAGUUCUCUUCCCAAGAAGUCAAGGGCUUCUGAGGAGAAGGUUGCUAAGGUGCCUCUGAAUGUGAGAGCAGCUGAGGUUGAGCUUCCUAAAAUGGCACAGAACUGUGUGAGCAAAUUGGCAGGAAAAAGCUUACAAAGAGGCACCGCUACUGGUAGUGGUGGAUUUUCUCAUGGGUCUAUCAAUGCCAAGUCACCAGUGAGCCCAGGUGCCUCCAGAUGCAGUUUCUGUGGCAGCAUUAAGUGUCAGUGUAGCCUUCCAAAUGAUUCAUUCCAUGCAUCUUCUAGCGAUAUGACUUCAGAAAGAUCAUUGGGUGGAGAUCUUAGAGUGUGCAGUGCUGAUGUCUCUGAAUUGGAUUCCCAGGGAAAAAGCACAUUGACUUCACAAAUGAGCAAGUCUGAUCAAGAUUCUAAUGGGGAUGUAAGUGCUUUGGAUGAUGAGAAUGUAUGCAACAGUUCUCAACUUACAACUCCAACUCCAACAGAUGCUGCUUCUGGUGAAGGAUUGUCAACUUCUAUUUUUGAUGUGAGGUUGUCACCAAAGAAGGCUCUCCGGGCUGCAAUGCUGAAAACUCGUUUUGCAGACACUAUUUUGAAAGCUCAGCAGAGGGCACUACUGGAUCAUUGUGAUAAAACUGAUCCAGUGAAGCUGCAGCAGGAAAAGGAAAGAUUGGAAAGAAGGCAGCGUGAAGAAAAGGCAAAAAUCGAAGCUCAAAUAGUAGCCGCUGAAGCAGCUGCAAAAAUGAAGGCAGAGGUCGAGCUGAAAAAGCAACGAGAAAGAGAAAGAGAAGCUGCUCGAAUUGAAUUGCAAAAGAUGGAGAAAACAGCUGAGAUUGAGCAGAACUUGGAGAUUUUGAAAGAACUUGAGAUGCUAAGUGGAUGCUCCCUUUCUAAUAAUCAAUCGCAUGAUCUUAAGAAAGAUUCUGAGAAGGUGAGUGGAGCAUUAUAUGAAGGAAUUAUUGGGAAUCCACUGCAACAGUUGGGUUUGUUCAUCAAGGCCGAGUAUUCUGAAGAUGAGGAUGACGAGGACGCAUUUCUGAAUGAAGAUGGUGAAGAGGGGGAAAUUCUGUCAUAAAAAAUAGUAGUUUCGAUUGCAGCAGCCCUUUGUUCCAGUUCCCUGUUAAUAAUAGUAAGAAAAAACCAAAAAAAUAGUCAAUACGUAGUAGGAAACUGAAUUAACUAAAGCAGACACUAUUUAUACAUAUAUAUUAGAGCUAGAGAUUAUCUCCAGUUUCAUGAGCAGUGUGGCUACUCUUUCGUUUUUUGCUAAAUGUUCCUUAGAUGUUACUCUUUGAUUUUCUGUAUAAUCGAUAAUUUAGAAGAAAAGAUAUGGGUUCUGUUUUCA